AUGGUUGCCUCUGGGUCUGAAAGAGUACUUGUACUAACGGCCACGAAUCGCCCUCAAGAGUUGGAUAACGCUGCGUUGAGACGCUUUUCCAGGCGUGUAUUCAUCGGUAUGCCAGAUGAAACAAUGCGGCUUAGUCUACUACAGUCGUUGCUCAAAGAUCAGCCUAAGUGUCAGCGUCUAGAUAAGGAUGAUUUGAUUACAAUUUCCCGGUGA